AUGUCAAAGAGCCCACUCAGCCAUGCUGUAACAUUGUUUACAAAACAAGAAGGGAUCAAAGUGCAUCAAGCACGCAGCGGAAUCCGAGGAAAGUCUGCUCCUUCUGGCUCAGAAGCUGAGCACAUUCUAAUCAACGAUGAUCACUUGCGGGUACGGCAUCUGGACGAAGUGACCAAAGAGUUCGGCGAUAUCGGAUGCUUUGCGCUGGAAAUGUCGUCGAGGAUCUGUCAAAAGACUGAACGUGCGGCACUGGCCAACGAUGCCAGCCGGAGGGCGGUGAAGUUAAACCCAUUCAUCCGACGGAAGUGUUUCAGCUUUCGAGCACCGAUAUAUUUUCCACUAGUCAGCCAACGGCCUUAAACUCGUCGGUGGUUUGGUUCGGAAAUGGUAGUGG